CUCCCCCUCCCCGCGCGCCAUGUAACCCCGCCCCACCGCGGCAAGCCGAGACCCUCGCGCGCUGCGCGCCGAGCCGGCGGUGAGGCGAAAGAGGCCGAUGCGGCCGGGGCUGCGCGGCGCGGCUCGGCCGUGAGGAGGCGGCCCGCGCUCACGCGUCCCCGGCGCCUCGAGCGGCUGCUGCACACAACCCUGCCCGGGCCUGCUGCGGGCAUGAGCGCGCCCGAGACGCUGGGGAAUAUGGAGCCAGCCGGGGAGGAGGAGCGGCCACCGCCGACGGCCGAGGACGAGGAUGACGAGGAGGCGGUGGCUACCAGGCCGGCCCGAGGGAGGAGUGCCGCGGCGCGGGAGGAUGAGGCCGGAGGGGAUGAGGAGGCGGAGGCGACGCUGGUCGGGGGUGUACGCUGCAAGGGGCAGGAGCUACCCUACGAGCUGCAGCAGGGCUACCGGAUCCUGGGCGAAUUUCUGCAGGAGAAGCACCGCGGCCUCACCGCCCCGUUUCUACAGGCCGUGGGGGGCGUCGCCGGCGGGGAGGAGGAGACGGCCGAGGUCUUGUACGCCGGGACUCGGGGUGGCCGUGCUCUCCAGCCGCCCGGGACAGGUAUGUGUCUGUUGAAAAUGGAGGAGAAGUUCUCCCGCGGCCAGUACGCGGGUAUCACCGAGUUCGUGGCAGACUUCAGGUCGAUGUUGGAGACGUGCUACCGCCUGCACGGCGUGGACCACUGGAUUUCCAAGCAAGGCCAGAAGCUUGAGAUGAUGCUGGAGCAGAAGCUGGCGCUGCUCUCUCGGCACUUGAGAGAAAAGACAACGAUAGCAGUUACAUCUAGAGGCUAUUAUGGAUUGGAGGAUGAGAAGGGAACUGCAUGUACUUCAACAAGGCGUCGGUCAACACCGCGAACUUUGGCAGGCUUGACAAGUGGAGUUUUUGAAUCUAUUAUGGUUCAAGUUUUGAGACAGGAAGAACAGCUGAGAGCAAAAGAAGAAAAAAGGCUUCGGGAGCAGGAAAGAAGAGAAGCAGAAGAAGCUAGUCAAAAGGAAAUAGAAGAAUGGGAAAGAAAACUGCUAGCUCAAGCAGCUCCAACUUGUAUGGAGACCAUGUGGGAAAUUCCAGCCAUUGGGCAUUUCCUUUGUUUAGCGCAACAAAUUCUAAAUUUGCCAGAAAUAGUCUUUUACGAAUUGGAACGUUGUCUUCUGAUGCCUCAGUGUAAUGUUUUUCUAUCAAAAAUAAUGACUUCUCUAUUGAGUCCACCCCAUCGCAGACCUACCUUACAUCGAAGACCCACUUUGCCUUAUAGGACCUGGGAAGCAGCACUGAGACAGAGAGUGCAGCAGUGGUACACUGCUGUGGGGCAGACUGAGAAUCCUGACAGCUGUGCUGAGAAGCUUGGCUUGUGUCCUCAGUUUUUUAAAGUUCUUGGAGAAGUUAAUCCAUUGGAAGAAAAACCUUUCCACGAACUACCUUUCUACCAGAAAGUAUGGUUACUGAAGGGUCUUUGUGAUUUUGUAUAUGAAACACAGAAAGAAGUUCAAGAUGCUGUACUUGGACAACCUAUCCAUGAAUGCAGGGAAGUUAUCCUUGGUUAUGAUUAUUUGGAGAAUGCUUACGUACAUUUCCCACAGUUCUGUGGUGCAGAUGUUCGGAUUUAUAAACAGAGACCCUUUCAAGCCCCUGAAUUUCCUAUUCCACCCAUCAAAAUACAAAGAGUACCUCGGAUUAAAUUGGAGAAAUUGAAGUGUGACUAUGUUAAUACAAGUAAUGGAGAACAUAGGUGUAAUAGAGAAGGCCUGACCUUUGCCUUCAAGAAAGAGCAGAGAAAUAAUUUUGAUCCAGCUUGCUACCCUGCUAAAACAAACUUGGAUAAUCCUGACAUCUCGGUUGAUAUGGAAGUAAAAUCUAGCUGUGAAAUUAGAAUUCGCAGGCCUUGCGAAAUUAAAAAAAGUGACUGUUGCAAAGAAAAUUUAGAGAAGCUGGGGAGUCCAAGGGAAUUCACUGGUUUUGGAGAGCCUCUUAGCCCUGGUGAAAUAAGGUUUAUAGAAAAUCAGGAAAAAUUUGAUGAAGCUUCCAGAGUAAAGGCUGAACCCAGUCCAUUGAAAGAAAAUACUCUAAAAUCUUGCCAAAUACAUGUAAAUGGAAGUCAUACUGAUUAUCCAGAAAUGAACUGCCACAAAGUUGUAAGGGAUAUUCUGCUAGAACAAUCACUGCAGAGCCACAAGAAACUCAAACUAACUAAAAUGAGGGCAAAAAAGAAGAAAAAGAAAAAAAAGAAAUUGAAAGAUGUUUUGAAUGACAAUUUACAGAGAAAGCGUGAAGGUCUUCAUUCUCUUGCGUUCAAGUCUUACAAGCCUGAGAUCCAGAAUAAGUUAUUGAUCAUUAAAAAGAAAACAAAACACAAGAAGCACAAAUCUGGAGAAAAAUCCAUAUCUAAAAAAGCAAUCACAAAGAAGAGGAAAACUGUCACAAAGUCACCUACUGUACCAGAAUUUCAGCUUAUUUGCACUAAUCUUGAUGAACUCAGGGAAUUAAUCACAAAAAUCGAGAAUGAACUCAAAGAUCUGGAAAACAAUAGAAAAAAAUCGGGUAAAUGGUAUCAUCGGAGGCAAGCUGUGAAAGAAUUGCAUAGUACAUUGAUUCGUCUUUUAAAUGAGUUGCUGCCAUGGGAACCAAAGUUAAUGAAGGCUUUUCAAAGGAACAGGAGCCGCCUAAAGAAAGACUAUGAUGAUUUCAGAAGACAUCCUGAUCAUGGUAAAUUUACCAGAGAACUGUGGACUAGUGAAGAAGGUGAAGGAGACCCUGGAAAAGACUCUUCUCAAGUAGAAGUCAGCAAGUGUGUGCACUCAACAGAACUUCUAGAUAUUUUGGAGAAAGAUCAUUUUGAUUCAGAUGAUGUGAAAUUGUCAGAAAUAGAUUUUCCUAUGGGGAGAAGCAAGCUAUUGAAAAAGGAAUUGCCUUCUAAAGAUGUACUGAAGACACUGCCUAAAACACUGAAACGACCAUCCAAACAAACUAGUUAUCUGGAUGAUAGCACAAAAGAGCUUUCCCCAAAGAAGAAAGCAAAACUAAGCACAAAUGAGAUGGCAGUUGUGCACCUAGAAGGUGAUGCACAGAUUGAUUGUUUGAGUGAAUCGAUCCAAACAGAGCCACCAUUUCCAGAGUCAUUUGCCUCAGUGGAUUCAACACCAGUGUCUACUCUCCAGAAAAGGACCAAACCUAUUCAGGCCUUGCUUGCAAAGAAUAUUGGGAACAAAGUGACCUUAACAAACCAGCUGCCUCCUUCCACAGGUAGAAAUGUUUCUGCCAUGGAAAAGCCAGUGCUAUCUCCUCCAGAAGCAAGCCCCAUGAAGCCAGCGCUGACCUGCCAUCCCAGUACUAAAGGCCCUUUGCAGAUGGUAUAUAAGAUGCCCUGUGGCCAGUGGUUGCCAGUAGAUCUCCAUAAUAGCUCUGUAAAGAUUCAGAUGCAGCCUGUGUUGGAUCCUAAAACAGGAGAAAAAAUCAUGCAACAGGUUCUCAUUCUGCCCAAGAAUUUUGUGAUUCAUCACAAGGAAGGAAAAGCAGUUGCUAAAGAAAUACCCCCACUUCAACAGAAGGGCACAGAACAGCUUUAUUCAUCUCUCCCACAGAAAGCAAAUGUAAACUCUUCUUUAGCAUCAGUUCUUGUCAACUCAACAGCAACUGCUUCUACUCACCUACCUAAUACAGUUUUCAACAAGACGAUUUCACCUUUAUCAAAUGUGAGUAGUGCUAGACCACAGCCUUUGUCACCUAUCACCUCUGUAAGUAGUUUAUUACCACCAACAGUUGAGACUAGCCAGAGUGAGGCAGGAAAACCGAAGAAUGCAGUUUCAGCAGCCACAUUCCCUCAGCCCAUCACUUCACCCACCAUUUCCUCAACAGUUCAGCCUCUCUUACCAGCAAUGACACUAAGUGGAUCUACAAAUCCUGGAAGUUCCCUCAAUUGUUUUGCACAACAAGCUGCCGAUUCUUCUGAAGUAAAGCAGGAACUGAAGACUGUGUGUAUAAGAGAUUCACAGUCAAUUCUUGUUAGGACACGAGGUGGGAACACAGGAGUUGUAAAAGUACAGACCAAUCCAGAUCAAAACUCACCCAGCAGUUUAUCUUCAAGUCCAGUUUUCACUUUUGCUCCUCAGCUUCAGGCAUUUCUGGUGCCAAAAUCAACAACUUCAUCAUCUUCUGCUUACUCACCAAUAUCUGGAACAACUACUACAUCUUGUCUCCCACCCUUUGGCCAAACACCAACUUCUGUUUCCAUUCCAACUGGCUUUAAUCCAUCCAUAGGGAAAAACCUCAAACUUACAUUAGGCCAGCCCUCUUGCAGUGGUAAUUUGGGCCACUUGAUAGAUAAAACAUCACCUGUGUGCUCUUCUCCUUUGAAGUUCUCUGUUUCUUCUAGCCCUAUACUACCAUCAACAACAAAUAGUUCCGUUAAUGUAAUUAGCAUAGCAACAGGAAACUGUGGACAAACCAACACAAGUGUUAUUCAUACUCCAACUAAACAGCAGCAGGUAGAUUAUGCCCCCAAAAAUGAUUCUGUUGCAUGCUCUGAAGCAAUAGCUGCAACAAAUGGAGAUGUGGUCAGUGGGGUUCCAGUUCAGAAGCUUAUGCUGAUGUCAGCUCCCUCUAUUCUUUCUCCAGGCAGCGGAAGCGCGAUCACUGUGCCACCUGCACUGACAUCCACAGCUGUCUCUACCCAGAAAGUAGUUUUUAUUAAUGCUCCAAUUCCCAGUGGCACUUCAACCCCAGCAAUUGUUGCAGAAUCAUUAAAGCAAACUCUUCCUCCCCAGUUGAGUAAAACGUAUGUUAAAACUCCAGAGCAACCCCAAAUAGUGUUGAUUCCCUCUACCAUGGGAGCACCCAUAAAAAUAAAUCCAUCACCAACAGUGUCUCAGAUAAAAGAUGUGAAAAUUGGAUUAAACAUAGGUCAAGCAAUUGUAAAUACUUCAGGCAGUGUGCCAGCUGUAUCCUCAAUUAACAUACUGCAAAAUGUCACCCCAAAAGGAGAAGAAAAAAGUAGCAAGAGCUAUGUUUUGCCAUUGUCAACAAAUGGUAGUUUAGUUCCAGUAAGCUCCAAUCUUGUGAGUCAAAAUCUCACCCCUGUCAGUGAGUCCGUGGGUGCUGCAGCAAGAGCAGUAAGCAUGUGUUCAGUAACAGGACCAAAUGUACCUUUGGGUUCUCUUUCAGUGACCUCAAGCUGUGCUUCUGUUGGGACACAACCUCCUGUUUUGGUCAGUGGAAAUGAUACCUCUUCAAGAAUGAUGCCCAUUUUGUCGAAUAGACUUUGCACAUCAAAUCUUGGCAACACGGUGGCUAUAUCAACUGUGAAAACAGGACAUCUUGCAUCCUCUGUUCUGAUUUCAACUACACAACCAACAGUGUCUCCCCAAUGUUUAACAUCAGCUUUGCAAGUCCCUGUUACUGUUGCCUUGCCUACACCUGUGAGCGCAUCUCCUGCCAUAAUCAACACAGUGCCACAUCUGGCAACUGUCCCAGGGGCCACACAUGCUGGAUCUCUUUCUAAAAGGCAAUCUCAAACUUCUGUCCAGUUCCAAUCACCAGGGAUUUCAACUACAGUGCCAGCACAUGCAAACACAAAUAAACCUCAAAGUGAACUGCCAUCCCUCUUACCAAGUCCAGGUAAAAUAAUUAAUAUUUCCAAUUGUGCUGCUCUGCCAAACCAGCAAGUGGCCCCUGCUUCAGUAAAAUCAACCCCCAGUUACAAUUCUGCUCCCAGUGGCUCUGCCACUCACACUGCGACAGCACCAUCAAAUAUAAGUAGUCUGGCAGGGGCUCAGUUCAGUGAGCCUUGCAUUCAGCAAAAAAUUGUCAUCAACACCAGCACACCUUUGGCACCAGGUACUCAGAUCAUGAUUAAUGGAACCCGGUUUAUUGUUCCACCACAAGGUCUUGGAGCUGGCAGCCAUGUUCUUCUUAUAUCUACUAAUUCCAAAUAUGGACCUCCCUUAGUUCUGAACACUGGCCCAGGCAUUGUGCCUCCACCAGUAGAUAACCCUGCCCAGAAGGUCACACUAGCAUCAAGUCAUUCUUUAAGUGGCCAAUCUGUAAAACAUCCUCUAAAAAGCUCUACAAAAAUUAUAAACUCUCUUGGGAAUGCUAGUUCUCUACCCAUGGUACAUACAACACCACAAAUAGUGAACACAACUGCUAAAGUGUCUGUCCCACUUCCAACACCAGGAGUGUCAUUGACUUCAGUAAUUAAGUCUUCUCCAGCUACUCUUCUGGCAAAAACUUCUUUGGUUUCUGCCGUUUGCUCUAGUAAUCCUCCACUGCCAAGUAGCACUUCAGUAUUUCACUUGGACACAUCUGUUAAGAAAUUGUUGGUCAGUCCAGAAGGAGCCAUUUUAAAUACCAUAAAUACUCCAGCAUCUAAGGUUUCUUCCCUCUCUCCAUCUCUCUCUCAAAUUGUUGUAUCUGCCAGUCGAAACCCUGCCUCUGUCUUCCCUGUGUUUCAGUCGUCUGGUUUGGGGAAGCCAGACACAGCUGCAUCUUGAAUUUAGAUGAAAUGAGCCAGUUUUUAAAUAAUGGGGCAUUGUUUUGACACUCAGAAGAAUUUUAACUGUUCAUUAUAAUACUUUUGGAAACAUACUAUACGUAGUUGUGUGUCUUGCCUCUCAUUUUUUAAAAUACAUGUUCUCAUUAGCUUGCAACAAGGUUUAGUUUUCUUGGGGAGGGAAAAAUCUGUUCCAUUUCACUCAGUGGUAUGAGUAUGUUUCCAGUGAUGCUUUAUAAACAGUCAAGAUUUACCUGCCUGUAAAACAUACAUUGAACAAAGUCAAGUUUGACAAGUUUAGAGUAAGCUAGCCUUUUGCACACUUGCAUUGAAUAUUUCUUCCUGAAUUUGGACUAUUGCAGCGUAUCUACACUAUGGUAUUCUGUGUCAUUAGUGAAAUCUUAUUUUUGUUUCUGUAAAAAUAUACAUACAUAUAUAUAUAUAUAUAUAUAUAUUUAUGCAUUGUGCAGAUGGCAGUCCAUGGUGUAAAAUUGUACAUAUUCCCAAGUCCCUAACAUCCUGUACUAAGCUAUAUGUACAAAGAACUAUGCUGUCUUAUUUAUGUUUUGUUUACAUAAUGUAUAGUUUUUUAAGUAUUUUAGUAAUUUUGGACCAGUGAACUGUUAGCAACAAUGCAGAAGAAUCUGCAUGUAAUAAACUGAGUUGCUGUAUUUCUUUGCUUGAA